UUAUGCAUGUCUGGCCCUGUGGUACUUGUUGGUAAUGCUGCAGGAGCACUUUCAUGUGCAGAAAGGACUAGAUCUCUUGAUGCUAUUUCGUUAGAUGACAAAACCAAUGGGAAAGUACCUCAUUCAUCUUUUGACACCACUGUCUUCAGAAUCGGUGAGUUUUUACUUCCCAAUGGAGAAUCUUAUUCUGGAUCCUUGCAGGGUAAUAUGCCAGAAGGCUCAGGGGAGUAUGUGUGGUCAGAUGGUUGCAUAUAUGAGGGUGAGUGGAGAAGGGGGGUGGGGAAUGGAAAUGGAAAGAUCCAAUGGCCUUCUGGUGCCAUUUAUGAGGGUGAAUUUUCUGGUGGUUAUAUGCAUGGUAUGGGAACAUACUCUGGACCAGAUAAAAUUGUCUACAAGGGACGCUGGCGGUUGAACCUUAAACAUGGGUUAGGAUGUCAGACUUAUCCAAAUGGAGAUGUCUAUGAAGGUUUCUGGAUCCAGGGAACUAUAGAAGGACCUGGUAAAUAUGUCUGGGCUAAUGGAAAUGUUUAUCUGGGUAACAUGAAAGGGGGGAAAAUGUCUGGAAAAGGAACUCUUACCUGGACAAAUGGGGACUCAUUUGAAGGAAAUUGGUUGGAUGGUAUGAUGCAUGGAUUUGGAAUGUAUACGUGGAUAAAUGGUGGUCGCUACGUUGGAACUUGGACCAAGGGCUUGAAGGAUGGAACAGGAACCUUCUAUCCAAAGGGUAGUAGGUUUCCAGCUGUACAAGAGCUCUACCUUAAUGCUCUGAGAAAGAGAGGGUUAUUACCAGAUUUGAGAAAGCAAAACCAUGGCUCACACAUUUACCAUGCUUCUUCUGUUGAUAUGGGGGUUGUCAAAGUAGACACAAACCAUGGAUCAUGGCGUGGUUCAUCUAAUAAAAUCUCUAAAGGAAAUAUUCUAAGUUUGGGCCAAUCUCACUCCAAAAAUUAUUACUUGGAAAGACGGUGGAGCCUUGAGGUAUCUAUUGAAAAAGUGAUUGGACAUGAUUUAUCAUUGAAUUCAGGAGGAUCUGUUUUAGAAGGUGAUGAGAAAGAGAGUGAAAUGAAUGCUCCAGUCCUAGAGCGGGAAUAUAUGCAAGGAGUUCUCAUCAGUGAGGUUGUCUUAAAUAAUUUUUUGUCAUCAUCCAGAAGGAUAAGAAGGAGGCAGAAAAAACUUGCAAAGGAGGUCAAACAGCCUGGUGAGGCAAUCAUUAAAGGUCACAGGAGUUAUGAUCUGAUGCUCAGUUUGCAGCUUGGAAUCAGAUACACUGUUGGGAAAAUAACACCAAUACAAAGACGAGAAGUUCGGACAUCAGACUUUGGUCCACGAGCAAGCUUUUGGAUGAGCUUUCCUAAAGAAGGAUCUCAAUUAACACCCCCUCACCGAUCAGAAGAUUUUAAGUGGAAAGAUUAUUGUCCAAUGGUUUUCAGAAAUUUGAGAGAAAUGUUCAAGAUUGAUGCUGCAGAUUACAUGAUGUCCAUUUGUGGAAGUGAUGCUCUUAGGGAACUUUCGUCCCCUGGAAAAAGUGGCAGUGUCUUUUUCCUAUCUCAAGAUGAUAGGUUUAUGAUUAAGACCCUCCGGAAAUCUGAAGUAAAGGUUCUUCUGAGGAUGCUUCCAGACUAUCACCAUCAUGUCCGUAUAUACGAGAAUACACUCAUAACCAAAUUUUUUGGCCUCCACAGGAUUAAACCAUCAAGUGGACAAAAGUUUCGCUUUGUAGUAAUGGGCAACAUGUUCUGCAUUGAGUUGAGAAUUCAUCGAAGAUUUGAUCUGAAAGGUUCAUCCUUAGGGCGCUCUUCAGAGAAUAUUGAAAUUGAUGAAAAUACAACACUUAAGGAUUUGGAUUUGAACUAUUGCUUCUAUUUAGAACCUUCUUGGAGGUUGUUUCUAUUAAAGCAGAUUGAGAUUGAUAGUAGAUUUCUAGAAACACAACACAUAAUGGAUUACAGCCUUUUGUUGGGUGUUCAUUACCGAGCUCCGCAACAUCUUCGGUCUAUCAUGUCUUACCAUCAAAGCUUAUCAGCAGAUGGAUUGGAGAUUGUUGCAGAAGAAGAUGUCCAAGGGGAUGAAAUGUUCAACUACCCUCAAAGCCUUGUUCUGAUACCGCGUGGAAACAAUGAUGACAGUGUCAUUGUGGGCCCUCAUGUCAGGGGCAGCCGGUUAAGAGCAUCAGCUGCUGGAGAUGAGGAAGUGGAUCUCCUACUUCCUGGUACAGCAAGGCUCCAGAUUCAGCUUGGAGUGAAUAUGCCUGCUAGAGCUGAGCAUAUUCCCGGAGAAAGGAAACAGCAGUUGUUUCAAGAAGUGUAUGAUGUUGUUCUGUAUGUAGGCAUCAUUGACAUUUUGCAGGAGUACAACAUGAACAAGAAGAUUGAACACGCAUACAAAUCUAUCCAGUUUGAUUCCAUAUCCAUAUCAGCUGUUGACCCAACAUUCUACACUCAGCGCUUCUUGGAAUUCAUUCGGAAGGUGUUCCCUUCAAAUGCAUAACUAGGAAAGUUUACCAGAUUGUUCAUCUUCCCAAAAUGGUCUUGGAGAUGUUAAUUGCGAAGAUGAGUUAUUUCUUGCUGCCUGUAUUUAGUAGUAGAGAAGUUUAAGUCUGUGCUUCUAUGUGCUUGCAUGCGCAUA